CCGCGUUUAUUCAUCGCGAUCGCCUUCAGCAUGAACGACCUCAAGCCGGCAUCGAAAUACACAAGUACCUCGCUUCACGAGGCUGUAAAACUGCGCCUCGAUGAGCCGGGAUUCUUAAGUAAGACAGUCCCGCCGCAGACCAUUCCGCAGUUCUUCAAGGAGGCAUGUGAGAGCCAUCCGGAGCUGCCCGCCUUGGUGUGGGAAACCCCAGGAUCAGGAGUUGAUGGAUGGACCUCAAUAACUUAUGCAGAAUACCAGGAGCGAGUGGAGCAGGCCGCUUUGAUGCUCCUGAGCGUUGGAGUCGAGGAGCGCAGUUCGGUGGGCAUUCUGGCCUUCAAUUGUGCCGAGUGGUUCUUCGCGGAAUUUGGAGCUUUAAGAGCUGGUGCUGUUGUGUCUGGAAUUUAUCCCAGCAACUCAGCGGAGGCAGUUUAUCACGUCCUUUCAACCGGAGAAUCCUCCAUUUGCAUUGUUGAUGAUGCUCAGCAGAUGGCCAAGCUGAGAGCCAUUAAGGAUCGUUUGCCAAGACUGAAGGCUGUGAUUCAGCUGCAUGGACCUUUUGAAGCCUUUGUUGAUCAGGAACCUGGCUUCUUCAGCUGGCAAAAGCUGCAGGAGCGAAGCUUCUCCGAGGAACUCAAAGAGGAACUGGUUGCCAGGGAGAGCAGGAUUCGUGCGAAUGAGUGUGCCAUGCUGAUUUUCACCUCUGGAACUGUUGGAAUGCCAAAGGCAGUGAUGCUGUCCCACGACAACAUCGUUUUCGAUACCAAAUCCGCGGCGGCAAUGAUGCAGGAUGUGCAGAUCGGCAAAGAGAGUUUUGUGAGUUAUCUGCCACUGAGUCACGUGGCUGCCCAGAUUUUCGACGUAUUUUUGGGUAUUUCCCAUGCCGGAUGUGUUACUUUUGCGGACAAGGAUGCACUGAAGGGCACUUUGAUUAAGACCUUCCGCAAAGCGAGGCCAACAAAGUUGUUUGGAGUUCCACGCGUUUUCGAGAAAAUUCAGGAGCGUCUGGUGGCCGCUGAGGCCAAGGCGAAACCCUAUUCCAGAUUGCUACUAGAACGGGCUAGAGCUAUUGUGGCCGAACACCAGAUAACGCUGAUGGCAGGAAAAACCCCCUCGAUUUACGGCAGCACAAAAUAUUGGCUGGCCUCCCGCGUCAUUAAGCCCAUUCGGGAGAUGAUUGGUUUGGAUAACUGCCGUGUUUUCUUGACAGGCGGAGCUCCAACUUCAGAUGAGAUGAAGCAGUUCUUUCUGGGACUGGAUAUUCCACUGGGAGAGUGCUACGGAAUGUCGGAAAGCGGUGGAGCCAUCACUCUUAACAUUCAAAUCACCAAUUUAUACAGUGCGGGUCAAGCGUGCGAAGGACUAACUCUGCAGAUCCAGGAUCCCGAUUGCAAUGGCCAGGGGGAAAUCCUGAUGCGAGGACGAAGCAUUUUCAUGGGAUAUUUGGGAUUGCCGGAGAAAACAGAGGAAUCGAUAAAGGAGGAUGGCUGGCUGCAUUCCGGUGACUUGGGUUACCUUGAUCCCAAGGGAAAUUUGGUGAUAUCCGGAAGACUCAAGGAACUAAUCAUCACCGCCGGUGGAGAGAAUAUUCCACCGGUGCAUAUUGAGGAAUUAAAAAAGGAACUUCCCUGUGUGAGCAAUGCAUUGCUCAUCGGUGAUCAUCGGAAGUACUUGACAGUUUUGCUAUCCCUUAAGACAAAGUUCGAUGGCAAGACGGGGAUUCCUUUGGAUGCCCUUCGAGAGGAGACAAUUGAGUGGCUCAGGGAGCUCGAUAUCCACGCCACCCGUCUUUCUGAACUCCUAAAUAUUCCCUCCGAUCUGCAGCUUCCCAAUGACGAAGCUGCUCAAGCUGCCGCCUUGGAAAUCACAGCUGAACCCAAACUUCUGGAAGCCAUCGAAGAAGGUAUCAAGCGAGCGAAUAAACAUGCCAUCUCGAAUGCCCAAAAGAUCCAAAAGUUCGCCCUCAUCCCUCAUGAAUUUUCACUGGCCACCGGUGAACUGGGUCCCACACUGAAAAUCCGUCGAAAUAUAGUCCACGCCAAAUAUACCAACGUUAUAGAACGUCUCUAUAAGUAAAAAUAACCUCUUCAAAGGGAUUCUUAGCCUAGGUUUAGAUUUUAUUGCUCAAAGUUUACAUUGUAAUCAUUAUUGACAAACAAUUCUCUUAUUUUUUAAGGCAUUCUGAAUCGAAUAUAUGUGUUUACUAAA